AUGCGCGUUACCCCCGCCCUCGUCCUCGCCCUCGGCGCUCUUACUGUUGACGCCCGCCGCUCGCGCCGUGCGUGUGCCGCCAAGGCUCAGAGCUACUCUGUGGGCGCCUCUGCUGCCGCUGCCCAGACGACCGCCAGCCUCACGUCGGUGGCCGUUCCCGAGUCCACCGACAGGACCGACGUCGACUGGUCGUCGCCCGUCGGCUCGGUUGCCGCUUCGGCCACCGAGACUGCCACUGACGUGUCUGUGGAGCAGGCCACCACCGUCGCUUCGUCGGCCGACGCCCAGGCCACCGACGCCCAGGCCACCGACGUCUCGGCUGACGAGUCUACGACUGUCGCUUCGGCAGUGGACGCCCAGACCACCGACGUCUCGUCUGAGGACUCGGCUAGCGUUGUCGCCUACGAGGCCGCUGCUGAGGCUACCGAUGCUACCACCGAGGCCUCGACCCAGGCCGCUUCGGCGACGACCACCGCCUCCGCCUCGUCGGCCACCCCUACCCUCCCCGUCCCCGACGCCGACUACAUCUUCACCGAGUCCUCGACCGCCGAGGACAUUGCCGGAUCUUCGGCCUUGUCGAGCUACAUCCUCUCGUACUACAACCAGUGGCGUGCCGAGUUUGGCUCUGGCGAGGUUGUGUGGAACACCACCCUUGCCCAGAAGGCCAGCGACCUCAUGGGCGCCUGCAAGUGGGACCACGCGUCUUCCAACAACGACAACAACCUUGCCGCCGGCCCCGUCUACCACUGGACCGUCAACAGCAUGCUCGACAUGUGGGCCAACGAGUACACCGCCUGGGACUUUGCCAACCCCGACGCUGGCACUCUUUCGCACUUCACCAUGAUGGUCUGGAAGGAGACUACCCAGAUCGGUUGCGGUUGGUCGUACGACGUCUGCAGUGAGGGCUCGGAGAAGGAGUUCUACCUCUCGUGCUCGCACUGGACUCCUGGCAACUACGUUGGCGAGGCCGCUGCCAACGUUGGCAGCUUCAUCGGAUAA